AUGGGCAAACGGAAGAAUGAGCAGCCGCCAGGAGAUGGGAAACGCCACAUUCCCAAAAUUAAACAAAGCCCUUGGGAAGAUUCAGAGGUGAUGGGAGACGAUGGCUUAAACGCGACCGGACCGGCUCAGACCGGUGAUCCCGACGGAAAACCAAAGUCUCAGGGACAGGCGACCCAUGGCAGCACCGGCAGCACCGCAGCAGAUGCACCGAGGAGGAGUGAUGCCAGCAUCUUGUUAUUUCAGGAACGAGGAGACACGGGCAUCGGUGAAAGCGGCAAGUUGCCGGAGGCAGCGUCUAAGCCAGACUCACCCCAACAGGCAAAUUCGGCGGCGGCGGAAGAUCAGCCGGUGGCCACCACGGAGUGGUGUGGAAGCGCCGCUGAAGAUCUGAACACCAAAACCCCAACUCACUGCGGAACGGGCAAUGUCGGUUCCGAGCGCAGCUGCGUGGCACCGGCGCGAGGAGAGGGGGAAGCCGGCAGAGAGACCGUUCUCCCCACGGAUACUGCCGGCACGAGCACCGGCAGCAGCGUGCCGGCAGAGGUGCCUGACCCUCACUGUGAAGAGGGAGUUAACCGCAGCGAGCCGGGCGAGCGCCGAGGUGAUGCCAAUCAAAUCCAGGAACCGCCGCCUGCGUCUGUUGUACACACCGAAGAAAAUGAAUCCGGCACCGUAUCCGAGAGGGUGGCUGGAGGAGAACACCGGGAAAACGUGAGCGAGGAACAACCGCAGGCAACCGGUACAAACGACACGGUGAAGAACGCAGCCGAAUCCUGGUGCAGCCCGGCUGGUGGCGGCGUCUCUGCCGAGGUUUCGGGGGUCUGCGCCCCGUCUGCGGACCUGAAGGUGGAGGGAGGCACUGCCGAGCUGGAGAGCGCGGGCACGGCCGGCACCAUCAGUCCAGUGAGUGGGAACACUUCCCCACGGAAAAGCUCGGCACUGGAACCAGCAGUCCCGGCUGUCGGGAAUCCUGCAGGCGAGAGGGAAAGCGACGGUCACGCAGAGGCGAGACGCGGUGCAGAGCACGUGGUGGGCGCGCCGAGGAAGGACACGCCACCUUCUGCUCGCUCCGGUGACCUCCCGCGCGGCGGAGGAACCGCAGAGAGCGUGCCCGCCGUUACGGUGACGCCGGCUCCCCCGGGCACCGCGUCACCCCCUGCCGCAGGCGCUGCUUUGGCUGUUGGCGCAGACCUGCAGGAUGAGCCCGGUUCGGCCGGGGUGCCGCCCUCCCCGCAGUCGGAGCCGCGCGGUGUCCCGGAAGGGAAUAGCCCCGAGCUCCCGCCGCAGCAGCGGCUCCCUGCGGUGCCCGGGCACGAGCUGUGUGCCGCGGUGGGACGGAGCCGUGCCGAAGAAGCGCUGCCGCUCACCGAGGGGAACGGCCCGGCCCAGCCACCACCCAGGGAUGAGGAGCCGGAGGAGCUGCGGCCGUCCGCCCAUGGCGAGGACGCGACUGAUGUCGUCUGCGGCCUGAUCCUGGAGCUCUCCAACCUCAACCGCCUGGCGAUGAGCGCCCACCGGGGCCUGGAGGCGCUGAGGAGGCCGAAGCCGCGGCGGAGCAGGCGGCCGGGGACGGUUCCGGUGCACGCCGGGAGGAGGUGGAAGGAGACGUAGGGCCAGGUCGGAGC